UCCGCCUCCCAGCACACACGCCGGAACCAGCCAGCUGGUGGUUGUCGCCGUUGCGCCUAGUCCUCCUACCGUGUCAUCGCUGCCGCCAUGCCCGGAGGGCUCCUUCUCGGGGACAAGGCUCCCAACUUCGAGGCCAAUACUACCAUCGGCCGCAUCCGUUUCCACGACUAUCUGGGAGACUCAUGGGGCAUUCUCUUCUCCCACCCUCGGGACUUUACCCCAGUGUGUACCACGGAGCUUGGCAGAGCAGCAAAGCUGGCACCAGAAUUUGCCAAGAGGAACGUUAAGAUGAUUGCCCUUUCAAUAGACAGUGUUGAAGACCAUCUUGCCUGGAGCAAGGAUAUCAAUGCUUACAAUGGUGAUGAGCCCACAGAAAAGUUACCUUUUCCCAUCAUUGAUGAUAAGAAUCGGGACCUUGCCAUCCAGUUGGGCAUGCUGGACCCAGCAGAGAAGGACGAAAAGGGCAUGCCUGUAACAGCUCGUGUGGUAUUUGUUUUUGGUCCUGAUAAGAAGCUAAAACUGUCCAUCCUCUACCCGGCUACCACUGGCAGGAACUUUGAUGAGAUUCUCCGAGUAAUUAUCUCUCUGCAGCUGACAGCAGAAAAGAGGGUUGCCACGCCAGUUGAUUGGAAGAAUGGAGACAGCGUGAUGGUCCUUCCAACCAUCCCUGAAGAGGAAGCCAAAAAAAUUUUCCCUAAAGGAGUCUUCACCAAAGAGCUCCCAUCUGGCAAGAAAUACCUCCGCUACACCCCCCAGCCAUAGGCUGGCUCUCCACAGAGUUGGUGCUGGAGCUGCUCACUGAGCACCGUGAGCCAGAGGAUGCCAGCUGCCCAUCAUGUUUUCCUGCAGCAGUACCAUAAAAACAUCCUGGUGUGAUCACAGCCAAGGUCUUUAGGUUGCUAUACUACUGGCUUAUUAAAUGAAAAUGGCACUACAAAUUCCUUGGGAUUCUUUGCUCUGUGCCUUUAGCAGCAUUCUCUUCUGUUCAUAUAUCUUAAUAUUCUCUGCUGACUCUCUUUGAAAUCUGAGGCUCAUCCUGUUGGAUCUCUGCAGGGUUUAUGACCAACAAGGUGGUAUCAGUUUAUGGUUGAAAAAGCCUGCUUUGCUCCAUCAUAGAAUGAGUAUCAGGUUUUUUCAGCUGUUCUAAUCAAAUCCUCUCUUCUGUUACCCAUUUUGGGAAGGAAUAGAACUUGGGGUUCAGCUUCCUCUGUACAUACCUACAUAUGUAACCUAAGAACUGAGUAACCCAGAUGUUCUUCAAUAUUUCAUGUUUUGAUCACAACUGGGGGCAAAACCUUUUCGAUUCUGUAAUUUUCCAGUAGAUAACUGAAGGAUGAGCAGGGGGAAGGAAUCUUUAAGUAUUUUGCUAUCAAGAAAAUUUUUCAAUAAAUUUCUAUUGAAAGUGGGAAGCUACAGAAAAGGUUCCACUUGCCUGCCAGGGAGGUGUACCAGAGGCAUGAGCAACACGACAGUGCCAGGUGCCUUUCAGAGUAUUUCUGGAUGCCAGUUGGCUCUACGAUGAAGUGCACAUGAAAGGGCACACCUUGGGAAGAGGGGAGAGGGUGACUGAAAAUGUUUUAUUAUAGAUUUAUUCUUGCAGUGGGGGAGGGGGACUAUUUUCUGAAUUUUACUUCUUAGUGAUCAGCAAGUAAAUCCUUUGUUAAAACGUGAUCAGAAAAUUCUGUUGUCACAUUUUCAAGUACUAGUUCGGACUCAUGUCCUGAGGGCAAAUGUUUCCUUGCUAGAUUUGACAUGCUCUUCUCCAAAGACAGACACAUAAAAUUUCAUAUAAUGAAAAUGGAGGAGCGGCUGAUGAAGAUGUGAUUCCAGGGACUUCCCUGGUGGUCCAGUGGUUAAGACUCCGCGCUUCCACUGCAGGGGGCACGGGUUUGAUCCCGGGUCGGGGAACCAAGAUCUCACGUGCUGCCCAGUGCGGCCAAAAAUAAAGUAAAAUAAAAUGUGUUUCCUUUGCUUUGUAAAACAAAAUAGAAAAGAAAAUGUAUUCCACCCCAUCUCUUGGCCUACUUUGCUUCUUCAUGUUACUUGCCUGGGUCCUGUGGAAUUUGUGACCCCCACUACAAAGAACUCUCCUAACCUGAUACCUUAAAGGGAUUCCUAGAUUUAAGAAUAUGAAUCUUGAGGAUAAUGGGACAUCUUUUGCUUUUCUGGAAAGAGCGCUAAGUAUUCUGAACUCAUAGUCUCUCAGACUUAUUAUGCUGUGCUAAGUCCUAGGUUUAGAAGGAAGUGUCCCAUACCUGGUAUAGUCUCUUGCAUGUAGCCCUCUAUACUUUUACUGAGUAUAAUAAUGUAAAAGCUGAUCCCUGGUGCCAUGUUUCAGAGAAGUCAGUACGCUUUCAGUUGCCUUGAUUUCUGCACAUGUAAAAUUUGGGUGACACUAAGAAGGUUGAGAAGGAAGGUGGAAAUUCCAAGUUACCUAUCCUGGUGAAUGCUGGUCUGAAAGAGACUUAAAGGACUGGCAUCUUGCUGUCAUCUCUUAUCCAAGUCACUAUAUGUUUUGGCCUUAAAGAACUAAGACUAUCUGGUUCUCCUUAGCACAUCUCUUCUGAACUAAUCCCUGAAUCCUCGCAUUCUGUCACCUCCCUAACUGUGAGGUUCCGCACUGCUGUCUUCCCUUGGCUAUUUGCCUUCUUCAGCCCUUGUCUCUCGGAGAGUCUCGCCUCAACUUUCUUUUAUGGUGACAAUUCAAAGUCUAAGUCUCCAACAUUAAUUAUUCAAACUUGAGUCUUAUCUUUACUGAUCGAUGGAACAUUGGCCAUUGAAUUUAUAAAUUCAAAAUCAAAUUAUCAGUUCUUCCCCCAAUAAAUCUAUUGCCCCUUUUAUCACUCACUCAGGCACCCAAACUUUGGUGGGCUAUAUCUACUCGACCCACAUAGGUGCUGCCACUGUGAAAACGCUGAAAAGCUCAAGGAAAAGGGAGGUCAUGUACCCGCAAAAUGAUCUCUGGUUCUAUUAUGAAGCAGCCAUGAAGCCAUAAGACUGUGAAAGUAUUCUUCUCCAAAUAUAAAAUGUUACAUAAUGAAUAUGCAUUGCCAUAGUAUAGUAUAGUAUAUUCUUAAUAUACUAUGGGGCUUAGAGAGGAGAGUUCCCCUUUCCAGGAUUGUUGCUCUGUUUUCAUAGGGAGAACAGAUUUAAUAAAUCCGAAGAUUUAUUAACUGUAAGUGAAUUAUACAGCCACUGUGGCUAUGAGAGAAGCAUAGGAAUUUGAGAGGCAGUCCACCAUGUGCCUUCUCAGACAAUCAGCAAAUGUUCUGGCUAGAAGAGAUGGUCAUCUAAGAUUAGCAAAGUGAUCAACUUGAGGCUCCUGUGUGGUCUUGCCAGAAGUCUGACCUCCCCUCCAACCUCUACCCUAAGGGUAGGAAUAUGCAUUAAGAAGCUCAGGAAAGGGUAAGGAGCCAGAAUGGCUGUGUCUAAAGGGCCAAGUCAAGAUGCCAAUUGGAUGCAGUGAACUGGCACAGUGAUUUACUCCAUUUGACCCCUCCACUUUGGGGCAAUGCAAAUUGAGGAAGUACAGCUUUGAUUCAAGCUUAAAGGGUGCAUUAACUAGUUAAGAGGUCAUUGCCACCUUCUCAGUGAUUGGUUCAGAAAUGGGCAUUGAGACACAAAUAGAAGACCAACAAAGCUUCUGCAAGAAUUCUUUCUCACACGAGAGCUACUGGGAGGCAUUUUUCUCUCUCACACUGAAUAUGGACAAGAAAACAUUAAACUGCUGCUGGCAGCCAUGUUACAGCCUGGGAGCAGGGAUCCAGCCAUAGAAUGAGGCUGUAAAGGUCAACAGCCAAGUGGAGAGAAAGAAAAACAUCUGAUUCUUUAUGAUCUUCACUGAAUCUGCCAACUGUGAACCUGUCCUACCUCUGGACUUCUAUUACAUGAAAUAAUAAAUAACCUUAGUGUUUAAGCUU